CGAGGCAUCACGCACAAAUUCGACCCUCUCUUACACCAUCUGCCUGAAGAGUGCUAAGCUUGUACGCUAUGAGCAACAGACAGGGUGCCUAUGGCGGCACCAACGGCGGUGAUACCUCCUUUCGCAAGACCUGGGACCGCGAAGAAUAUGCUGCACGCGCCGCUGAACACGAGCGUAAACAGAAAGAAGAAGGCAAAGCACGUUAUGAAGCUGCAGCUUCAGGAAAGAAAUAUCGUCGCCGCGCCUCCACUCCUCCCGAUGCUCGCGAAACCGAAGCUCGCAGCCAUCGCCUCGAUGUCGCCUCAAUGGUUGGCAAGACGAUGCUAGUUCCCCAGGGCGCUGGGGUGGGCAAGAGAGGCAAGGGUGCCGGGUUCUACUGUGAGGCGUGCGACUUGACGUUUAAGGACAAUCUGCAGUAUGUGGAGCAUCUGAACAAUAGGCAGCAUUUGGUUGCUACAGGACAGACUGGGGAGGUGACGAGGGCCACAGCCGAGGAGGUGCAUCAGAGAUUGUUGUGGUUGAAGAGGAAGAAGGACGAAGAGUCGAAAGGGGAGGUGCUCGAUUUGGACUCCCGAUUAAAGUUGAACAAGGAGAGGGAGGACCAGGAGCGGGAGGAGAAGCGGAGGAAGCGGAAUGAAAAGCGGAGAAAAACGAAGGACGGGCUGGGACACCAAGAGAUCAAGCUCGAAAAUGAUGGAAUCAUCGAUUCUAGCACUCACUGGGUUUCCUGAAGGUCUAGGAUGCCUAUCGGCCUUUGCUCUAGUUAGACACGAUUGCAUGGGUGGAGUUCUAGGUUUGCAUUUCACUUUUGGCAUUGAUACAGCUCAUUCUACAUUCAUGGCUUUCAAAAAGGGGAAUACUUUGUAGGACUAUUAGAG